AUGCCUGCUCCAGACGUUGAAAAUAAUCCAACUUCAGAAACUCCAACAGUUUACACAACUGCAAAUGGUUGGUUCUACCCAAAUCAUCCUUAUGGUGCCCAAUUGGCUGGUCCAGAUGGUCCAUUAUUAUUACAAGAUAAUCAUCUAACUGAAAAUUUGGCACAUUUCCACAGAGAACGUAUUCCAGAACGUAUUGUUCAUGCUAAAGGUGGUGGUGCACAUGGUUAUUUUGAAUUGACUGAUUCAUUAUCAGACUUAACAACUGCUCUGCCAUAUCAAAAACCUGGUUACAAAACUCCAUUGACUGUUCGUUUCAGUGGUGUUCGUGGUGAAUUAGGUUCUGCCGAUACUCAAAGAGAUCCAAGAGGGUUCUCAAUUAAAUUCCAUACUGAAUGGGGUGCACAUGAUUGGGUUUUCAACAAUACACCUGUGUUUUUCAUAAGAGAUCCAAAUAAAUUUGAACAUUUCAUUCAUACUCAAAAGAGAUAUCCAGAUUCAAACUUGGAUCAAAAUACUGAUUCCACUAUGGUUUGGGAUUAUUGGGUUCAAAAUCCUGAAUCUUUACAUCAAGUUACUUAUUUGUUUGGUGAACGUGGUACUCCUAAAGACUGGGGUGCUAUGCAUGGUUAUUCAGGUCAUACUUUCAAAUUUAUUAAUGAUAAAGAUGAAAUCACAUAUGUUCAAAUUCAUGUUUUAGCUGAUCGUGGAUUUGAAACUAAUUCAGAUGAUGAAGCUGCUGAAUUGAAUGGUGCUUCUCCAGAUGACCAUCAAAAGAGAUUAUUUGAACAAAUCAAGAAUGGUGAUUAUCCAACUUAUACAUGUUAUGUUCAAACAAUGACACCUGAACAAGCUGAAAAAUUCCGUUAUUCAAUUAAUGAUUUAACCAAAAUUUGGUCACAUAAAGAAUUCCCAUUAAGAAAAUUUGGUCGUAUUGUCUUAAACAAGAAUGUUACCAAUUAUUUUGAAGAAAUUGAACAAAUUGCCUUUUCACCAUCAAGAACAUUUAUCCCAGGUAUUGAACCUUCAAAUGAUCCUGUGUUACAAUCAAGAAUUUGGUCAUAUCCAGAUACUCAACGUUAUAGAUUAGGUCCAAACUAUGAACAAUUACCAAUCAAUCGUGGUAAACCAUUUGAAAAAGGUUCUGGCUGUCCUUAUUUGGCUGGUAAUUUCCAAAGAGCAGGCCCAGGUGCCGUUAUAACUCAAGGUUCAAAACCAAAUUACAUUGCUCUUGGUGAUCGUGUUAAAACUUUAGACUCAAAAGGUCAAGCUGCUAAUGGCUAUUAUGGUGUUGUUUCAAAAGAAGCUGAAGUUGAAGCAUUAAAGAAACAAGAGAGAGUUGCAAAGAUUCAAGAACAUGAAAAGAUUUUGUGGGGUAAACAAUCUUAUUAUCAAUUACAAGGUUUAUCAGAAUUAGAUCUUGAACAACCAAGAGCCUUAUAUACUAAAGUGUUUUCAGAAAAAGAUCGCUCUAAAUUUGUGAAUAACAUUGUUGGUGUUGCUUCAAAUAUCUCCAACCCACAAGUUAAAAAACAAGUUCCACAGUAUUGGGGUUUAGUUGAUAAAGAACUAGGUGCUAAAGUUGCAAACGCUUUAGGUGUUGAUUAUGAAUACUUGUCACCAGAAGAAUAUCCUCAAAAGAUUGGUAAAGCUGCUGUUUUAAGUGGUUGA